AUGUCUUCAACCAUUGAAUUCGACUCCACGCUCAAGGACCUCUAUGCCCUGAGUCCUGGUGACAAUGCCGAGAUCCACCUCUGCUAUACGAUCCCAACAGUUCAGGUUCAAAUGACGAGAGGAAUCCCAAUCUGCAAGAAAUACGCCUACCAAGAUCCUCUGUCUCACAAGGAUCGCGACAUUCAGGCCCGUAUCUUUGCCCAAGUCGUCCCCCAACUAUUUGGCAUCAUUGCAGGCAAGAUGAGACUCAUCAUGUUUGACCUGGACGGACCAGGCAGCGAGGAUGUGGAUCUGCAGCCUCGAUUGGACACGGAACAUAUCAUGCAGCAGAUCUGCGAGCAUCAGCGGCCGACAGUCACCUACGUGCGUAACGCUUCGGAUGUCGUGAUCCCCGAGGCGGCUAAGCUCAGCCUGGCCAAUCCAAUGGACUGUCUCGAGCAUCUCCCUGCGGCAGUUCCGCUUGAAUCUCACUAUCGGGCACUCUCCAAGCGGGAUUUAGUCUUCUCGGGCUUACCUACGCCACCCUCCAUGGUGAUUGACACUCAUCUGGAUUCGAAGCAGGUUCUUGAUCCGCAGCUUCGAGCCAACGAAGUAGCUCGAAUGCUGACAUGCAUCGAGCAAAAGAGCUUUCCGUUUGUGGUCAAGCUUCCCCAGGCCCUGUCCGGCCAGGGAACCUUCCUUAUUCGGAACGAGUCCGAUAGGUCCGGAAGUCUGGAGAUACUCCGAAAGGAAGUGGAUCAUAUGCUUGUUCAGUUAAACGACUCCAAUAGCCACUUACACCCAACAAGCAUUGUCGUGCAGGAAAUUGUUCCUGGCUCGGCUCUCGCUAUUUCCUUGUUCUUACCUCGAGACGGAGAGCCAAUCUUGACUUCCUGUUGUGAUCAAUUCGUCUCUGAGGAUGGUCAUUGGGAUGGCGGACAUAUUGACUACUCUCAACAGUCACGUCUCAAGACUGAGUAUAUGCCUAUUGCCAAGAAGAUCGCCGCAUACAUGAACCGCCUUGGGUAUUAUGGCCCGCUAGGAGCGGACAUCAUGACCGACUCCGAGGAAAGGCACUUAGUGAUUGAUCUGAAUAUACGUGUCACCGGAUCUCACCCGCUGGGGUUUUUGAAGGGAUUCUUCAGCGUUACGCGGGGCUUCAACGACGCUGCUAUAUUUUUCCCCUUGUUCAUCAAUCUGAGCUUGACCCAGUUUCGGAAGAUCUUCAGUGCCGAGCUAGAAGAGGGAAGAAUCAUCAUUGCGGGCUGGUGCCAUGAACAGGGGGUGCAGAGUAGUGUUACAACCGUCAUUGUUGCAGCCGAGGAUCAGCAGCGUCUGGGACAGCUUGCACGGAGAAUCAAAGGGUUUGCCACGCUUGGCCAUUAA